GUGCAUACGAAGCCUUCGAUGCUGGCAGGAAAGGAUAUGUGACGAAAGAAGAUCUUUUGAGCAUUUUAGCAUGCAGUGCGCGAGAGCUCGAGCGUGUCUUCGAGGCUGCUGGUUUCGAUGCGGAACGAACGCACCGCGUAGAUUUAGACGGUUUCUCGAAGCUACUACAUUGCUCUAGGAAAACUAUCAUCGAUUUCCCACGGGAAGAUAGUACGUCAGAAGAUGAGAUCGCGACACGGCUUGAGACCGCGGAGUUACUCGAACGAGACGCGUAUUUUGCACAGUUGGAUGAAUACGAUGAAGAGCUCUCUGUGACUGACGGUAUUCGCGGGUCCAACACGCUGCAGUUACCAAUUCGGGGAGGAUCGGGGGAUGAACAGUUUCGGACUUUCCUGAGGAGGAUGCGAACUUGGCCGUUAUUCUACCCGUUAUACAGCGCUUACACAUUCCUGCCCUCUUAUGACGAUUAUAAUUAGUGUUAGAGAUAUCUAUAAUACCAUUGCUCUUCGAAAUAACAUAUGUUGUCUUUGGUGUCUGCUAUGUUUCUUCCAUUCUCCAAUAACAAUGUCGCCAAAUUCAUACAAGUUGAUCAGCUGGGCACGCGCGCUACAUGCGUUGACUGUGGCUAGCUGCUUCGAUCAUUCCUCCUGGCUCGGUUUUUGAUGUUCCUGUUUAUAUUUACAGUAAGCGGAGCGAAUCGACAGUUUCUCACACAUUUUCGUACUACAUAGUUCGUGUGAGUUGUCGUCGUCAUUGUCAUUGCUAGCCUAGCUAUAGUAUCGGCUCAUUAAUCGUGGGCACGCGGGCAUACCGCUCCUCCGCGAAGUUAUGCUUGUAUUGAUAAGGAGACUGUCUGUGUUGUUGCAUAUAACUGAGAAUAGAAACUAACCGUAAUAAUUACGGCGUAAUUCAGUGGCUCUUCCUCUCGAGUCGCAGUUAU